CCCACGUGACCCCGGGCACACAUGACUUCCAGUCUCCCGGCGCCUCCCGGACAGCAAGGACGCAGGGGAGCCGAGAUGGUCCGAGCCGCGCUGCCGCCGCCGAGCCUGCUGCUGCCGCUGCUGCUGCUGCUGCCGUGCUGGGCGCCCCGAGGCCAGGCAGCCCCCGACCAGGACGAGAUCGAGUGCCUCCCGGGGCUGGCCAAGCAGCCGUCCUUCCGCCAGUACUCCGGCUACCUCAAAGCCUCGGGCUCCAAGCACUUCCACUACUGGUUUGUGGAGUCCCAGAAAGAUCCGAAGAGCAGCCCUGUGGUCCUUUGGCUCAACGGGGGGCCCGGCUGCAGCUCCCUGGACGGGCUUCUCACCGAACACGGCCCUUUCCUGAUCCAGCCAGAUGGUGUCACUCUCCAGUACAACCCCUAUGCUUGGAACCUGAUUGCCAAUGUGUUAUACAUUGAAUCCCCCGCUGGUGUGGGCUUCUCCUACUCUGAUGACAAGGUUUUUUCCACCAAUGACACUGAGGUAGCCCAGAGCAAUUUUGAGGCCCUCAAAGACUUCUUCCGCCUGUUUCCGGAGUACAAGGACAAUAAACUUUUCUUGACUGGCGAGAGUUAUGCUGGCAUCUACAUUCCCACACUGGCCGUGCUGGUCUCGCAGGACGCCAGCAUGAACCUUCAGGGGCUGGCUGUGGGCAACGGACUCUCCUCCUAUGAGCAGAAUGACAACUCGCUCGUUUAUUUUGCCUACUACCAUGGCCUUCUGGGGAACAGGCUCUGGUCUUCGCUGCAGACCCACUGCUGCUCUCAGAACAACUGUAACUUCUACGACAACAAAGACCCAGAAUGUGUAACUAGUCUGCAGGAAGUGUCUCGCAUCGUGAGCAGCUCUGGCCUCAACAUCUACAAUCUCUACGCCCCGUGCGCUGGGGGGGUGCCCAGCUCUUUUAGGUAUGAGGACGGCACACUGGUGGUCCAGGAUUUGGGCAACCUCUUCACUCGCAUGCCAUUCAAGCGCCUGUGGCAUCAGGCAUUGCUGCAGCGGUCAGGGGCCCGGGCACGCAUGGAUCCCCCCUGCACCAACACCACAGCCGCCUCCACCUACCUCAACAACCCCUAUGUGCGCAAGGCCCUGCACAUCCCCGAGCAACUGCCUCGCUGGGACAUGUGCAACUUGCUGGUGAAUUUACAGUACCGCCGACUCUACCAAAGCAUGAACUCCCAGUACCUGAAGCUGCUCAGCUCACAGAAAUACCAAAUCCUCUUAUACAAUGGAGAUGUGGACAUGGCCUGCAACUUCUUAGGGGAUGAGUGGUUUGUGGAUUCCCUUAACCAGAAGAUGGAGGUGCAGCGCCGUCCCUGGCUAGUGGACUAUGGGGAGAGUGGGGAGCAGAUUGCCGGCUUCGUGAAGGAAUUCUCUCACAUUACCUUUCUCACCCUCAAGGGUGCUGGACACAUGGUCCCCACUGACAAGCCCCGGGCUGCCUUCACCAUGUUCUCCCGAUUCCUGAACAAGGAGCCGUACUGAUAACCAAGGGACCAGUGGAAGCCCCCGCAAUGCCUGAUCCAGCCCCUCCCACCUCUCCUACUAGGAUGGCAAUCCUCCUUAUGCAAAAUGCCCCUGUGGGCCAGAGUGCUCUUCCAGAACUGCUCCCACUUCAUUCAGAUAGCCGCCUGGGGGCAAGUUAGCACUUUAUUCCCAGGCACUGCCGCCCAGGAGGCCUGGCUCCUGCCCUGCUUACAGAAUGCCCUUCUGGAUACAUUGACCCCCAUCCCAGGACCCCAUAAGAGCUGUCAAGAGAGCGGGGGGGGGGAGUGGACGGACUCUAGACUGACUGAUUAUGGAAUUAAAUUGGGUACAGCUUCAA